CGCUACUGCAGCAGUAAAACCCGGUGUCUCCUGCAUCCAUGAAGAGAUCCCCCCUCCACGGCACCUCCCCCGCCACGAUGGGCCGCGAGCAAUUAACUGCGUUGAUGUGUUGAUAUUGAGAUAUUUCAGUUAUCAAAUAUGAAUCAUGCAUUUGAUAUUUCUGGCCACUUUGCUCGUCAGCAUCCUUUUGCCUUGGCUUCAUCCAUCACUAGCUUCACUCGAGGUUCAAGGAGUAGAGGACAAGGUUGAGAGGGACGCAGUGUCGGCUCUGCUGAAGCAACAGGCAACUGCAGCACCCACCACAGACAACACAACACACCAUGCAGUAGAGCAUGUGAUCACCUACCCCUCUCGGUUGAUCUACUACCUAAACGAGGACUCUGAGAGUACCUACCAUGACCUGAACACCCAUGCUAAGAACCAAGCUUCAGAGGGCCAGGCAGUCCACCUAGCCCAAGUUAGUUUCCAGUUAGAGGCAUUUGGCUCCAGAUUUGUUCUAGAUCUGUCUCUUAACAAUGACUUGCUGUCUUCAGAUUAUGUUGAGAUCCACUAUGAAGGAGAGAAACCUGUUAUAUCAAAGGGCGGUGAGCACUGUUACUACCACGGCCAGGUGAGAGGGAACGAUAACUCCCACGCAGCCUUAUCUACCUGUAACGGUUUGCAUGGGAUGUUUGACGAUGGAGUCCAUGUGUAUCUAAUUGAGCCCUUACAACAGAAUCAUUCAAGUGAUACAGCUGCUAGGCCUCACAAACUAAGAAGAGCAGCCUCUUCUUUGUGGGAUGAUGAUUCAGUGGAGCAGGAGGAAGAGGAGGAGCAGCUCUUCUCCGAGCUGGAUGAACUGUCCUGGCUGAGGCGCAGGAAAAAGCGAGCAAUGCCUCGCAGCGUAUUUGAGGAGAUGAAGUAUUUAGAAGUCAUGAUUGUCAGUGACCACAGUAUGUUUAAACGACACAGGAACAAGCAGCACACGAGGAACUUUGCCAAGUCAGUAGUUAAUCUUGUGGAUAGUAUCUUCAAAGAGCAACUCCAUACACGUGUGGUGCUUGUUGCUGUGGAGAUUUGGACAGACAGGGAUCACAUCCCCAUAAGUGUGAAGCCGCUGGAACUGCUGCGUGAUUUCUCCAAGUACCGCCAGCAAAGCAUCAAGCACCAUGCCGAUUCUGUGCAGCUACUCUCAAACGCCACCUUCCACUACCGCAGAAGCAGCACUGCGUACUUUGGAGGCAUGUGUUCUGUGAGCCAUGGAGUAGGCGUCAAUGAGUACGCCACCACCUCGUCCAUGGUAGUGUCUCUUUCCCAGAGCCUGGCACAGAACCUGGGCAUCCAGUGGGAUCCGGCAUCCAAGAGAAAGGAAUGCGGCUGUACUAGCCAGUGGGCUGGCUGCAUAAUGGAGGAUACUGGAGUCCAACACCCACAAAAAUUCUCCAAAUGCAGCAUCUCAGACUACAAGGAGUUCCUCCUGAAAGGUGGAGGUUCUUGUUUGUUCAACAGGCCAACCAAGCUGUUCGAGGCAGCAAAUUGUGGGAAUGGAUUUGUAGAACUGGGAGAGGAGUGCGACUGCGGACUGAGAACAGACUGCCAAAAGGAAUGCUGCAAGAAGUGCUCCCUCGCCAAUGGGGCACACUGCAGCGAUGGACCAUGCUGCAAUAAAACAUGCUUGUUCUACCCACGAGGUUACAGCUGCCGCUAUGCUGUGAACGACUGUGACAUCUCAGAGACCUGCUCUGGGGACUCGGGACAGUGCCCGCCAAACCUUCAUAAACAAGAUGGUUACAUCUGCCAGGUAAACCAGGGUCGCUGUUACAGUGGAGAGUGUAAGACCAGAGAGAACCAGUGUAAAUACAUCUGGGGAUCAAAGGCUGGAGGCUCGGAGAAGUUCUGCUAUGAGAAGCUGAACACGGAGGGGACAGAGAAGGGCAACUGUGGAAAAGAUGGAGAAAAAUGGAUCCAGUGUAGCAAACAUGACGUGUUCUGUGGUUUCCUUUUGUGUACCAAUGUCGGGCGUGUCCCUCGCAUUGGAAGCAUGAAAGGAGACAGUACCCCCACCUCCUUCAACCACCAAGGGAACGUCAUACAGUGCACGGGUGCCCACGUCCUUUUGGAUGAUGAAACUGAUUUAGGCUACGUGGAGGAUGGGACUCCCUGUGGGCCGUCAAUGAUGUGCCUUGACCGCAAGUGUCUGCCCAUCCAGUCACUUAACAUGAGCACCUGCCCCAUUGGACCUAACGGACAUGUGUGCUCGGGCCAUGGGGUAUGCAACAAUGAAGCCACAUGCACCUGUGACACCACCUGGGCCGGGACAGACUGUAGCAUGCCUGACCCGCCUAAAGAGCCCGAUGUCACUCCAGAAGAAGAACCCAAGGUGAGCGUGGCCACUAACAGGCUGAUAGGGGCAGUAGCAGGGACCAUUCUGGCCCUGGGGGUGAUUUUUGGAGGCACAGGGUGGGGAAUAGAAAAUGUGAAGAAACGGCGGUAUGACCCCAAUGCCACAGCCAUUUAACCCAAGGAGAAGAUGGCAAUCACACAGGGACUGCUCCAAGGCUUCCUUAGUUGGCUACCUGACAGCUGGACUGCACUUACUGCUGCUGAUUCUUUGGCAUUAGAUUUACUUGAAAAAGACAUAGUGGACAUUUUAACAAAUUUCCAUCGUAGUGACAUUAUAAAUGCAGCCUUUUUCAACUACACCUCACCCACGCCCCUCCACCCUGAUCUCCAGAGUGACAGAGCUCCUCUUUCCAUCCUUUAGUGCCAGUGCACAGGCGUUCAGGCGGAAUCCACACCACUCUCUCACCUGGCAUGAAUAAAAUCGAAACAAAACCUGCUGCUUGCUGGCCCGCCCGACCCCCACCCAACCCGCCCGCGCCCGGCAUGAAGAGCCCUCUCUGCGGGGCUCUGCAUGGCUACCAAAGCUAUGAAUAUACUGCAAAAAUAAAAAAGAAGAAAAAAGAAAACACAGAAAGAGGAGAAAAAAAGCGCAGGAGAGAGCCUCAUUAAAAACCAAACCCAGUGACAAGCCUGUUGAAGCUCCUGUUUAAGCAGAACUUCAUGUGAGGACCUAUAAGGGCAAUGCAGGCCAUG